AGAGAUCCGCGGACAGGGGAAAGUGAACUGCCAGAGGUGAACUGGCAGAGGCUCAUUUUUCGUGAAGUUAUCCUUGCCUCCUGCCUUCUUGCCAUUGUGAAAUGCAUGUAAUAAGAUGAAGGUAUCUUUGAUUUGGUUCCAGUGGUUUCUGCUUUUGGCUGGUUUUACUGGAGUGAAAGUGAUCCAUGGUCAAGAUGAAGAUGUAGAUGGGAGUGACUAUGAUUAUGGAGAUUAUUAUGGAGGUUCCGGUCCCAAUCUUCCAGGUAGCACUGGUAGUGCAUUGCCGGAUGUCACGUUGGUGGCAGUGAACUGCAGUGAUGAUUUGGUAGAGUUUACAGCUCUCACUGAAAUGCUCUUAGAAGGCUCUAGUGAUUUGCUGCCUCUGCUCGACAGAAAGGUGCUGAAAGGAGAGUUCAUGGGGAUCUAUAAUUCUCUUACGGCUCUCAACUGUGAUGCUUAUCACCGGAAAUUGAAUCGGGUCAACUUUGUAGCUCAAUUCAAUGGAACCGACUACUACACUCUACAAGAUCUCAUUUACUACAAUGAAUCUCUCAAUGUCAAUCAGACCAAAGCUCUGGAAGAUUGGUUUACUCCAGAUCAGAAUGGUACCGGUACUGAUCAAGAUGGAGAUCAAGAAGAUGCAGACUUGAAUAAUACCAGAAGAGCUGCAAGAAGAAUCCUUCAGAUUCAAAACGAAGUUUCCACCAAUACCACCAACUCUUCUGGUGACAGGGAAUCUUCUGAUUACAUGGGCUCUGUCACUGUCAUGUAUCAAACAGUGGGAACUUGCAGAGGCUGCCCCGUCACUGAUGCUGGAUCUUUUGAGCUGUACGACGAUGCAUUUAGACGGCGCUUGGCUACUAGUAAGGACAUGCAAAUGCGCAGGAUCAAUCCAGUGCAACUCAAGACACGCAUACUCUCGACGAGGAAACUUCAGCAAGAUUACAACAGCACUGACACAAGACCAGAUUGCCGUUGCCCAGAAGGAAGCAUACCCAGGCCACAAGCUCCAGGAGUACAAGAGUGCAUUGAUCUCAUGAACGAACGAAUCCCUGUCGUACAGCAAGAACUGGGUGUCUUACGAAACAGUGUACUCGUCAAUCUCAUACAGCUUGAUGAUCUAUCCACCAUAGAUGAUGACAAUGCCACUGAAACUGAAUCAGCUGGCACAAUUCCAGAUACUUCCAAUUCGGGCAAUGGCAGUUACCAACCUCCAGGAAUUCGUCCUCUUCCGCCAGGUCCUCCUCCUUCGGAUCCCAACAACAACAACAAUAUUGGUCUUUGCUGCCCCACCGGAUACACGGGAGUGCUGCCACACAACAAUUGCGCACAGUUUUACAACUGUGAAUUUGGACAAGUCGUAGAUCAGGCACCUAUUCCAUGUCCACAAGGACUGCUCUUUGACAGGAACCAGCAGGUAUGCACUUGGCCGGCCGUGGUAUCGUGCACUGAAAACCCCGUUUGCAUUUCCAGACAAAACGGACUGCAGCUAAUACAGCAACAGCAGCAAAAACAAAAAGAAGGAAAUCACCCAGCCUUGGAAUACAACAUUUGGACGCGACAGGGACGGCCCAAUGAUUCCUCGUCUGCCAAACCCAAAACAACGCAAAACGUUCGAAACAAUAACAAAGAUGGACCAUCCACCAAUCAAGAAACCACCCCAAACGGAGUGGAUGGGAUGGAACCACACUCGCUGGUACAUAUGGAUUCGUACGAGGGAAAGUCGAAAGGAGUCCCGAGGCAACAGGCAAGUCAUCUUGUGAUGAUGAUUGCCACCAUAAUAGCAACAACGAUGUUGUUGUGGUGGGGAUGACAACCCUGGCUAUGCAGCUACGAGGAUGGACGGAUUGACGGAUUUGCAAGCAUAGAUCUAUAGCUAAACGCAGGGUUGGCUACAAUUCACCACACCGUACUGUAAGACAGUAUAUUAUCUAUUCACCGC